AGUGAUUCUAGUAUCAAGUGGAAGAUGAGUUUUAAUUUGAAGAUGAGUUUUAUCUUUAAAUGAUUUUUUGUACAUUGUAUUGCUUCUGAACUCAACCAGAAAGCUCUCUAGCUGGUUCUGUCUGUUUUGAAUGUCUCUCUGUGUUGUGGAUAACCGCCGCUAGGUGGCGUUAACGGCAAACCAGCGGGGGGAAGAAACACAUGGAGCGGAACCUUUGGUUUGCAUGCUUUCAGGAGGGGAAUUAUUUAUGUGCGCUCAAAGCAAAAUGGAGGCGGCAAACAUGAUGUUUGUUUCCCCGGUGGAGCUGAAGCUGUCUAAAACUGAUAUUCUGAGAGAAGUCGUGACAGAGAAGCUGACCACGGCAGCGCGGGAGAUCUUCGCGGUGGUGGAGAGAACUGUAGCCGGAUAUGAGGAGGAGGCGGCGGGUCUGAGGCAGGAGAUCGACCGUCAGAGGAUCCAGCUGGAGGCUGUUCUUCAGCCCAGAGUCUCUCUCAGUAGAAUAGAAGAAGAGGACUUGGGGAGCAGGAACAUGGCUGACCACGCUGAUGAAGAUGAAGAGGCAGGAGAGGAGGAGUUUAGUGAGGAGCCUUUGGAGGACUCACGCCAACAAGACCCAAGAGACGCAGAUUAUCAGCCAACUAAUGCAAGACCUCUGUUGAUGAAGAGGAGGAUGAAGAGAGCUGUUAUAACCCUCAGAGUCUGUCUGUUAAAAGACUCCAGGAUCAACCUUCUCAAAAGAGGAGUGUUGAAGUCCCAGUUGAAGACGUUGAGCUGUCCAUGGGGUAUGCAGGAGGUGGACUUCCUGGACCUGUUGAGGGCCACCUUUCCUCAGUUGACAGGAGAGUUUGAUGCUUUCACAGUUGACGCCACCAGGAGACUGAGACCACUGAAGGUACGGAGACUGACACCAGAGGAGAUCAAGAAGUCCCUCAAAUCCACAGGGAAAGGAAGAUCUGCUCUGUACAUCCGGGUCAAGGCAGCAAAUAAAACCCUGAGCAGUCCGGAGAAACUCCCUCUUCCAAAGAUAGAGGACAACAUCAUCGACCAAACAAGCAAUAAUGGAACAAGGCCUCAGGAAUGGUCUCAUGACAGUCCAGCAGAAGCAGCAGAGAGCAGCAGAUCAAAUCUCUCAGAAAAAUUGGUACAGCAACAAGAAACGGAAGGAGAGGAAAACAGGGAACAAUAUGGAAUUUCUGAAGACUUUGGGGUCAUUUCUUCUGCCUGCUCUUUAGCUGAAAGAGAUGACGAAAAUGAAAAUGAAGUGGAGGAAGAUGAUGGAGAUGAAGAGUCGAAGCCAGAAAAGACUGAUGAGAAACCAAAACUUGCUUUAACCCAUAAAAUAAAGAGGACACAAGUCAAACGUUCUAUCGCCAGAAAGCGAAUAAAAAGUAUUAACGUGAGGGAGUCGACUGAUAAAAGUGGCGUCCCUCUGCCCUGUAAAGUCUGUAAAACUCUGACCGGGUCAAAGAAUAUAUUGAUCAAACACUCCUGGAGUCACGUGGAGGAUCCUGAGAGACUCUGUGGAGUUUGUGGAGAACAGUCCGAGUCUGUAGAAGAGCUGAAGACUCAUCUGGAGAGUCACAGGAAAACAUACAGCUGUGACAUCUGUGGAAAGAAUUUACUCACUUUUCUUAGUCUGCGGAGGCAUGCUAUUCUCCAUACAGGAGAGAAACCGUACCAAUGUGACGUCUGCAGUAAGACGUUUGCAUCAGCAUCAGCUUUAAGAAAUCACCGCUGGGAACAUGUGGAAGAUAAACCUCACAAAUGUGAAGUCUGUGGUCGGACCUUCGCUUUCAAACCCCAGCUGAGGAUUCACAGUCGUAUCCACACAGGAGAGAAGCCUUACAUCUGCGAUUUAUGUGGCAAAGAUGUCACUAACUUUCGGUCUUUAUCCCGACACAAGUUGAUCCACUUUGGGAAAAAACGCCACAGCUGCCAGGUCUGUGGGAAGCGUUUUUUAACUCUGACAAAUAUGAAACAACACCAGAAAAUUCACACAUCCAGGGAUAAAACGUGCCUCUGUGAGAUUUGCUGCAAAAUGUUCCACACAAAAGGUCAGUUAAAUGCUCACCUGGCAACCCACAGAGAGGAGAAGCUCACCUGUAACAUUUGUGGAAAGAGUCUGUCUUCAAAAGGAGCUCUGACAAGACAUUUGAUAAUCCACAGUGGGGAGAGACCCUACAAAUGUACCGAGUGUGGACAGGCGUUUAAUGCUAUCACUAACCUCCGAAACCAUCAGAAGAUCCACUCAGGUGCCAGACCGUACGUGUGUGGGGUCUGUGGGAAAGCAUGCAGCCGUAAAGAUCAUCUGAGGAUUCACAUGAGGAUCCACAACGGAGAGAAACCAUACAAGUGUACGGUUUGUUACAGAGGCUUCACUCAGAGCCACUGUCUGAAAACUCACAUGAAGAGCCACAAGGAGGCAGAAAAGUCAGCAGAGGAAGAACCGAUGGACUAACCGCUUUGGGAUCUUCCAUAAUCAACCUAAAAGUUCAGUAAUUCCAGCUGUGGUUUAUUAAGUCAGUGCUUCCUAAAGUUUGAUGUUGCCCCUCCUGGUAGACCCAGAGGCACCACAGGUCUGUUUCAUUGAUUGAGGUCAGUAGUUUUUAAAGUCUUUUUGCCCAAAGCACUCCUACAAUCAAGCCUAAAUCUCAGGGCACAACAUAUCCACACAAAAUAGCCUCUUAGAAUUUGUACAGUGAACUAAAGUCGUAGUAGUGCAGUAAAAAGCAUCUAACUGUACAAAUUCCCACAGCGCUCCAAGACUUGCUGACCACACUUAUGUUGGAACUGGUCUAGUUUCUAAUGGCCUUGAAAGGUCAUGUCUCAUAAAUAAAAACAGGAAACAUAAUUUUAUAAACUGAAGUCAAAUUUUAAAUGAUGACAAGUUCAUGAUUAUAUGUUUAUAUUUUUAUCAAAAGUCCCAGAACUUUCCAAACACUGCCAGAGCGUUUGCACUGGA